CUCCUCCCGCAGCCGCAGAUCGGUGAGUCUCCGUCCGUACCUGAGUUCCGACGGACCGGUGGAUGUGGAUCAGUCUGGACCAGCAGCGCCAUGGGGGUCUCCGGGUCCAGUCUCCUGGACGAAGCCAAGUCCAGCUUCAUUAAAGGUCAGGUGGAGGCGGAGCUUAAGGCCUUCAGUCCGUUCUACAGGACUCAGUUCUCCGUGACCCGGUUCCGUCAGCUGGAAGAGGAUCUGGAACAGAACAAAGACCAGAUCACACAGCUGCUCAAACAGAGGGACGCUCCUGAAGGGGGCGAGGUCUUGUACGAGGAGGCGGUCCUUUACUUCGACGACACCAGGAAGUGGAGGGAGCGCUAUGUGGUGGUCAGAGCCAACUACUGUCUGGAGUGUCAUGACAGUCUGGAGACUUUUCUUAAAGGCGUUCCUGCGCGACACAAACUGCUGCCAACAGGAGGCAGCGUUCUGACCACAGAGGAGAAGUACAUGGUGAUGGUCGACAAGUGUUUCCCCGACGACACCAAUGUGAAGGAGGACUUUGCUCCUCCUCUGUCGUCCAUGCCCGGUCAGUUUCCGGUUUACCUCCGCCUUCCCUACAGGAGAGACUCCUACUUCUGUUUCCGUCAGCAGGCGAAGCAGGACGCCUUCCUGUCCAUCAUGUCAGACUGCAUCCGCCACCAGAACCAAGACUUUUUGAAGAAGAAGACGUGUGAGGUCCAGGCGUUCCUCAAGGCCAUCCGGUUCUACCGACAGGUCAAAGGUCACUACGAGGCCUGGGACAUGUUGAUCGGCAGCGAUGUCCGGGUCAUGGCCAACCUGGUGAUGGAACAGCUGCUUCCAUCUUUGGAGAAAGACCUACUGCCUCGUCUCAAGGCCAAGAAGACGGAGAAGAAGAGGGUCUGGUUCGCGACGGUGGAGGCGGCCUACGUCCUGGUCCAGGAGCACCUGCUGGAGGGUCUGUCGGCUCUGAAGGACGAGUGUCGGACAGGGGUUCGUCAGCAGGAGCAGCAGAUCCACUCGGACAUGGAGGCCAUCAUCAGUUCCAGACGCCAGCUGGAGCAGAGGGUCCGAGAUAAGGUUUCUGUGGCGACGGAGCAGCUGUGUGCAGAGAUGGUGCAGCCUUACCUGGGUUCGGUUCUGGACGAGCUGAUGGAACCCAUCAGCUCCGGGUUCCAGGAGGGUCGACACCUGAGCGAGACCCUGAUGGACCAGGUGUGUCAGGACGUCCUGAAGGGCGGAGACAACGAGCAGCUCAAGAAGGCGUUGUUCGACAUGUCCAGGCCAAACCUGCUCAGUUGUUACCAGAAGAUGGCGUCUCUGCAGGAGAAGCUGCAGCUGCUUCAGGACAGAUUCGGGUUCUCCAACGUUCUGGGCAUUAUCCACAGUGCGCAGAUCGACUUGCAGCAGCUGAUGGAGAACGCGGCGUUCACCUUCGAGCAGCUGCUGAAUAAAGCGCUGAUGGAUCAUCCUGACAACGCAGCGUCCGCCAUCGAGAAGAACAAACACCGGGUCCUGAAGCAAUACGACUAUGACAGCAGCUCAGUGAGGAAGAGGAUCCUCCAGGAGGCGCUGGUGUCCAUCACUCUGCCCUUCAUCAAGAGACGCCUGGACCAGAGCGUCCGGACGGAGCUGCAGGACAUGGAACAGUUCAUCUUCUCAGACCACACCAACUUCAUCCACAUGGAGAACGUUUAUGAAGACGUUCUGCUGCAGAUUCUGGACAAGGAGGUCAACAAAGUGGUGAAGGAGGCGGCCAGUCUGAGGAAGUUCAACCUGAUCACCGACAGCAGAGACCUGCUCAGUGAGUCCAGUCGCUCCAGUCUGUCCUCGCCGUCCGGGUCGACGCCCAGCAGCCCCGCCAUGUCGCCCGCCUCUGCUGGAACAUCCUGGACCCCCACCGCCCCCCAACCCCCGUCUCCUCUGGUGCUCAACGGCGUGUCCUCCAGCGGUCUGGAGUCUCUGCAGCAACAGGAGAAAGACGAUGACAACGCAUCCAAAACUGGCGCCAUCGAGACGCCGCUGGGGAGGGUGGAGCUAAAGGACACCCUGGUCCAGGUGGAGCAGAAGGAGACCCUGGUCCAGGUGGAGCAGGUGGAAGACGCCGUCCAGACUCCAAAGUUGGAAACCAACGUCCAGGAAGAGAAGGAAGAAGACGUUGUCCAAGUGGAGACGGUGGAAAACGCCGCACCAACGGAGACGGUGGAAGACGUCCAAACCCCAGCGGAAAACCUGAUCCAGACCAAGGAGACGGUGGAGAACGGUGUCCAGAAUGAAACGGUGGAGAACAUCCAGGUGGAAGCAGACGUUCCAGUCAAAGCACAGGAAGUGCCUUCUAUUGACGCCAGCGAGACGCCAGCUCCAGAGACGGAGAUCCAGAUGGAGGCGGAGCCUGAGGAAGCCCCUCUGACAGAACCCACCACUGAAGAAUGUCUGGAGGCUCAGACUGAAGCAGUGAGCGGUCCAGGAGAAGAAGAAGAAGAACUGCAGAGUCUGAGGCCGGAGGCGCCUCCUGGUGGUCCAACCCUGGCACCUCCCCCUGCAGACCAGGACCCUCCUGGUGGUCCAACCCUGGCACCUCCCCCUGCAGACCAGGACCCUCCUGGUGGUCCAACCCUGGCACCUCCCCCUGCAGACCAGGACCCUCCUGGUGGUCCAACCCUGGCACCUCCCCCUGCAGACCAGGACCCUCCUGGUGGUCCAACCCUGGCACCUCCCCCUGCAGAUCAGGACCCUCCUGGUGGUCCAACCCUGGCACCUCCCCCUGCAUACCAGGACCCGCCCCCCGUGUCCACAUCCACCUCAGAUCCAAACUCUCUGGACGUGUCGGUGGGAAGUGAGUCGCCUCCAUCAGACGUGGAGUCGCUGGACGAGGCCGAAGUGAGACAGAGCAGCGAGGACGAGGUGUCCACCACCUCCGACCGCCUGGAGGAGGAGCCCAGCAAGUCCCCCGUCAGCUCCGAUCCAGAGGAGACCGCCAGGAGCCAGGAGGCGACCCAGGUACAGAGCGGAGACGUCGGUGCUCCGCCUCCUGCAGCUGAUGCUCCGCCUUCUGCGGCUGACGCUCCGCCUCCUGCCGCUGACACUGCACCUCCUUCUGUUGAUGCCACUCCUCCUGCAGCUGACGCUCCGCCUCCUUCAGCUGAUGCCACGCCUCCUGUAGUUGACACCACACCUCCUGUUGUUGAUGCCACGCCCCCUGCAGCUGAUGCCACGCCUCUGGACUGCAUCAAAGAGAUCCGGGACCUGGUGGUGGAGGUGAUCGAGGUGGAGGAGCUGGUGCAGCGUUAUCCGAGCGGAAUCCCAAAGGAGGAAGAGCAGGAGUGACGGAACCGGCGGCGACUGGAACCAGAGACGCUGAGUCAUUGGAGGAUGGGAGGACAAGGUGGUCCAAGAGGAGCCUCUGGUCCUGAAAGGGUCCUCAGGUCUUCAAACAUGGACAAAGACAGAACCAUCACAGCAGCUUCCAUGACCCUCCGAACACGUAUGAUUGAAAAUAUGGGAAAUAUUAUUGUUUGAAUUAUAAUCAGUUCAACUAGAGGUGAAACCAGUUCACAGUCUGAGCUUCUGUAGGUUUAGAG